CAUCGGCUGGCAAAGGCGCUCGUCCGCCGGACAUGGUCGUGAACCACUUACGCUGACAUUAAGCUCGCAACCGACCAAGGAAAUACGAAACGGCGUGUGGCAGAUCUUUUGUCUAAUUUUAUUCCCGAAGAUGAAGCAGCUCUUAUGAAGAAUGGAAGAUACACUUGCCUUGUGUGCUCCUACCGUCCGGUGUUUGAUACAGUUGAUAUGCUGACAGUCCACAGGAAGGGGAAAAGGCACCUAGAAGGAUUAAAAUCAUUCUAUGGCAAGAAAGCGCGGCUGAAAAAUGAAAUAACAAAAAGGCAACAUGAAAACUACAUCCAGGUUGAAGACAGAGAACAGGAACCAUCCAGUUCAGCCCCUUUACUUGAACAAACACGGAAGCUUACACAUCACGCUUUAUUGAAGACUGUACCAUACAACAGUUGCCAUCGAAAAACAAGCACAAAAUCUGAAAAGGGACCAGAAAGCAUCAGCUCCGAUCCCAGUGGCAACGCCAGCAGCAAAAUGCCAUCUGAGCAAGAACACAUGAGUUGGAAAUCUGAAGUUUCAAACAGUGUACCGCCAAGCAGCUCUAGUAGCUUCACAGCAGCCAAUAAAGAGUUACAUCCAUCAAAAGACAUAAAAGGAUCUCAUCUUACAGUGGCACAGGAGGCAGAGCCCAUAACAGCCCAGAGGAGGAGCGAGCUGGAGCACUACCUCAAACUGAAAAGUGAUGGGUGGCUACAAGACCGCAGUGGCCAGUGGAUUAAAGACGAGAAUGUUGAGUUUGAUUCAGACGAGGAGGAGCCUCCUUCGCGUGCCAGCCUACCCACAAGUCACUGAGAGGACUAAGAACUGUGGGAACACAACACAGAUUAACUUGUACCACAGUGGUACGUUCAGAAGUCACGGUGCUGUUUGAAACAGCCACAGCUCCACAUGUAAGGACUUUGUGUAACAGAUUUAUGCAUUUCAUAGAAUCACAUGGUUUCCUUGUGUUGACUCUACAGCGCCUUCCUGUGUAAUCUCUGGACUCAGUCAUGAGUCGUAACAGACACAUGAUACUCACCAGUGAUCAUCAGCUGCUACUGCUACUUUUAUUGUGCUAAGAAAAGUCACAAUUUAAUGAAAAGUGUCGGCUGAUUCUGUGAACAGGUUUAUAUCAAACUCCUGUUACUCUAACUUGCUGAAAAUGUUUUAUUUUUAGAACAUUCUACAUGGAAAAUUAACCAGAAUUAAAGAUUACAACAAAGGAUACCAUUAAGCAUUUUUGAACAUGUCUCUUCUGUCAGUGGUGGGGUUUUUUUCUGUGUCCACUCCUAAAAACUCCAGCCAUGCUUGUGUCCUAAUGUCUGGAAGACUUUAGAGGAUUAAUCCUGGUUUAUUAGUACUAUUUUUAUAGUUUUGGCCAUGAGUUCUAUUGGUUAUGUUCACCAAAGUAGUUUCUGAGAUCUGAGAACAAAGAGAUGUUGGUACAACAAAGUCUUGUCAGUAAUAGCCUCUCAUUGCACAGGAACUGUACACAACGCUGAAUCAGGAAGUUGUUCUGUAAAAUGUGGUGGAUGUGUGAAAUAGGAUCAGUUUGACUAACGUGGGGGUUUUGUGUUUCUUGCUUGGUCUGGCGUCUUUUUAGUGAUGUCACUAUGUUCUCAAGUCUGAGCAAUUCAUUGUUGAGUGCAGUUAUUUUUACUGAUUAAAAUUUGUUAAAUUUGA